AUGUCGUCGUCAGGAUCAAGUCGGCUAUGGGUCGGCCCAUUAUUGCUCAUACUCGUCAUAGCCUUGAUCUAUAUAUUCAGUCUUAUGCCGAAUACACCACCUCCGAGAGAACUUACACCACUUAUCGACGACGCUCAUCAUGUUCGUACAUUCCGCUUAGGAGACCAUGAGAUCACUGAGUCGUUCGAUGAUUUGAAAGUCGAUGUUCCACCAGAACUUCUCUCAUCAUCGUGCCUAAAUGGUGGUUUUCUAAACGAAACCGAUGGUGCUUGCAUUUGCUUACAUUUAUAUACGGGCACACAUUGUGAGAUUCCGAUUUGUUCGAAAUUUGGGCGAUAUUCGGAGAAAGAAGGACGAUGUGUAUGUGAAGGUGACUAUGUUGGCGAUCAUUGUGAAUCACGUUGUCAUGGAUGGAUUAAUCAAACGACGGGUGGGUAA